AUGUCUACUUUAAGUCUUCGGAAGUGGGUAUGUGCCAUUUUCGUUCUCACGUAUGUCGUUAUAGGUUUACCAUUAUGGGAUAGGUUGACAAAUAUAUAUAGAGCACCUUUACCACGAGACUAUAUUAAAUCCUUACAUGAAAAUAAGUUUUAUGAUGUACAUGUAACAAUUCCAGUUUAUAUUAGAUCAGACGUUUAUAAGUUCCCUGACAUUCAUGCAGCAACUCAAAUUCAAGUGAAUCAUUUAUUAAACAGUAAAAAACAAAACGUACAAUGGUCGUUAGAAAUCCUCCUAUUUAAUGAGACUUUCAUAGAAUUAGAGAAAGCACAAGGUAGAGAAUAUCAUAUUGUGACUUUACAAUUAGACGAGUUUGUCGGUUAUAAUGCUGCUUAUGAUUCGAAGAAUACUGUUGUCUAUUUCGAUGAUCCCACAGUAGCUAGAAAUGAUUUACCUUUCUUCGUCGCCCAAACACUUGUUGAGCAUACAUUUAAUGUCGAAUGGGGUUAUUUAUCCAAUGGCGAUUUAAUGCAUAGUGAACACAACGCAGUUGCGGUCAAUUAUAAUCCAGAAAUCCAUUUAUCGAUAAAUUUGUUGAAGGGUGAUGGUUCACCUGUCGAUUGGGAAAUAGAAGAAACUUUGAAGACUUAUUUUACCCCAUUUAGAAGAUUUUUAUCGCCAUUAGUUAAUUUUACUGUUGAUACCUCGGUAGUUUAUUUUAACGAUUUGAAUUUACAUUCUCUGAAUAAUACAGAUAAUAUCACUUGGACAGAUGUUAGUCAUUCUAUUGAUCUUUCGGAAUUAUCGUCAAUGAACUAUUUCUCAGAAGACUCCGCCUUGAAUUUAGCGAUUGUAUUCCCUAGUAAAGAAACUAAUCCAGAAGGUUUUUCAUUUGUUAAGGUUGAUGGCGAACAAAUGUGGGAAAGUUUCAUUGUACCUCAAUGGGGUGUCCUUGUCAUUAACAAGAUGCCUCUGGAGGCUAAUACUGUCGUCUCUAAGGAUUAUUUGGACGCAGUUUUGUAUAAAUUUGCAAAUGAUUUGUUUGAACUGUUAGGGUUGUCCACACAAUUUGACAGUUUAUUUUCUCCUGUCAUUACAAUUGAUUCCUUUAAAAGAAUAAGGGCAUUGCAAAAUAUGAAUAAAAGUGUGGAGACACUUUGGUCAUUGAUUAAACUAACAGAACAAUUUAAACAAAUGGCUAUUCCUAGGGAUGUAUUGGAAAAAGUUAAAGAAGUAUUGGAUAUUAGAUUACAGAUAGUUGAGAUUUUGAAUAACCCUGCUAAAGGUGACGAUCUAAGUUGGGAUGAAGCUUUGAAUUUAAGUAAUAAGAUGGUUCAAAGAAGUGAGGAAGCUUUUUUCGAUGGUCAAAUGUUAAAACAAAAUUUUUUCCCCCAGGAACAUAAAUUAGCUGUGUAUAUGCCUUUAAUGGGACCUAUCACUAUUGUACUAUUCACAGGAUUUGUUUCUUUGUUCAAAGAAACUGAGUCAGGAUCAAAAGAAAAGAAGGAAUCUCUUUCUGAAGAAGAAAAGAAGGAGGUAGAAGAAACAAAAGCUGUAGGAGCCAUAGAGGGAGUGGAUGAAAUAAAUUAG